CGCCAACGUGACCAAACGUGGGUUUUACGCGAGCGCCACGAGAGCAUUGUGGGAGAAACGCCUUUUCUCCACAAGCAGAGUCAUACUUAUCAAGUCAAUGAUAUGAAAGACACGCUGUAUUUGAAAACUUUAGAAAAGCCCGACAGCUGAAAGUUUACUUACAGAGUGAGACUUUUACUGCGCACGGUUCACGGUGACGGAUAUAACUUGGAACCUUGCUGUUAGCCGGAACGCAGAGCCGCAGUCAGAUAGGAAACCAGUUUAUCUGGCGACGCCCUCCGAAUCAGUCGCUAAGCUUACCGGUUUCUAGAAGGCGAGAACACGCUUUCAUUAACUGCCAUUUCCAGUCUCGCCACAAAAAUAUAAACACGUAGCCAGAGAAGAUGGCGGACGAUUUCGGCUUUUUCUCUUCCUCCGGCAACGGAGCCCCGGCAGCAGAAGACGACCCCGCCGCCGCGUUUUUGGCCCAACAGGAAAGCGAGAUUGCGGGCAUCGAAAAUGACGAAGCGUUCGGGACGCUGGAAGAGGCCGAGCAGCCUCACUACCCUCCAUCUCAGACAAAUUACAAUGUUUUUGGGGAAGAAGCAGCCACCGUGAAUGGUGACAUGUUUUCGGAGUCUAAUGGUCCCACCGACAGUUAUGCCGCUAUCGCUCGAGUUGACCUGCAGAGGCAAGAACCAGAAAGUCUGCGCAGGUGGAGAGAGGAGCAGAGAGCCAGGCUUGAAGAGCUUGACUCCGCCUCCAAGGCUGCAGAGGCUGAGUGGAAGGAAAGGGCCAAGAAGGAGCUGGAGGACUGGCAUGUGCAUCAGUCUGAGCAGAUGGAGAAGAACAAAGUCAACAACAGCAGACUCUCUCCAAGUUUUGCACGGAUUGUGGAUAAAGCUUUCUACGAACAGCCCAACGCAGAUACAAUAGGUUUUGUGGCUUCAGAGGAGGCCUUCCUGAAGGAGAGCGAUGAGGACACCCCAGGCUCUGAGUGGGAAAGAGUGGCACGGCUCUGCGACUUCAAUCCCAAAACCAACAAGCAGUCCAAAGACGUGUCUCGUAUGCGAUCUGUGCUCAUAUCCUUAAAACAGACACCCCUGCUUCGCUAGGCCACGUUUUCUGUCCUGCUCUUUUAAGAUUGUGUAGUGCUCUGUCUACUCCACAAUGAAGGAAAGUAAAAUAUUUUGCUAAUUAGUCUAUUUUCUGGCACCUUUUCAAUUUUGUUACAUUGACAUAAGGAUGCGAGAUUCAUCCACAUCCCCUUUUCCACAUUAUAGCUUGGGUUACACCGUUCUGUCCCUUCCCUUGACAGAUUUUAUGUUGCUAUCACAUUUCUGUUGGCUGGACUUGUAGUGUAUUUUGAGCAAAAGUAUGCCAAGGUGAGUGCCACCAAUGUUCUCUUUUGGACCUUAUGAAAAUACUUUGACAUUUUAAAGUGUCCUACUACAAAAAUGUAAAUCAGAAGUUCCCUUUUGACCUGAAAAAUCAGGGGUGGUGUGAUGAUCAAAAUGUAUUUUGAAUGGGAAUCCCCUCUCUGUCCUUCAGGACUAUGACAAUGUUUGAAAAGUGAUUUUACAUCUCUUAAAUCAGUCUUAGCACUGUUGUGUAAGAAUUUUUAAUCCACUUUGGCUGGUGCCACCCAUUUUUGUAAAUAUUCACGUUUUAUUCUCCCUCAGCCCAAUGUACCAGUACGAUAUGUGCUUUAUAACUCACAAACUGAACGAGUUAAUUCCUAGCUGCUUAUGGUCUCAUGUUGGCCAGCUCAAGACCUAAGACAGAAGUGACUUUUUAAAAUUUUCAAAGGGGUGUCUCUUGUAUACCCACAAAUCACCUGCCUUUCCUAGAUUGCCUUCAAAUGUAUUUGUGAAUUAAAUGUAUUCUUUUUUUUCCAAAAUGAAAUCAGUGCAUUUUCUUGCUGCUUGAAUGCCAUAGCCUACCUGCCACUUAACCCAGUUUCUCACAGAUGAUUAAAAAUCGCUGCUGGCAUCAUGUAAUUAGAAUAUGACUGAGUGCUUUUUGAAAGCCCUGGGUGUAAAAUGAAGCACAUUAAACAUAAGUCACUGCAGUAUAUAAUCUAAACCAUAUGGGUUGAACUUAAAAUUCCAAAAAUGACCGUAACAUUUUAUUUAUUUUUUUUAUGUGUUAGCAAUACGUUUCCCAUUCAGAAUAUAGAUGCCCUUAAAUGUGGAUUAAAAAUAUUGGUUUGACAUGAAGGGCAACCCCAGACAAAAAAAAAAAAAAGUCUAUAAUGGUUAACCAAAGUAAUCAUUUGGUUUAAAAAAUGUAGAGUUGGGGGUGUACAUUAUCCAUAAGAGGCCAAAAAAAAUCCUAAGAGUUAUUGUUAGUUUAUCAUGUCAUGAGUGAGUGAAGUGCUGUAUGCUGGCCAGGGUGGGUCAGAACCUUUUCUCUUGUGGCCUUCAACAUUUCCAAAAAGAAAAACACCUCACUCCUCUAUAGCCGUACUGUUAGUGCCUAGUCACUAUUUACACUAUUGGCCAAAAUUGUGGCAACAGCUAGCAAUGUUUAUAAUGUAGGUAGUGUUUAUAAACAAUCAAAGAAUGUUUACAAAUAUAUGUUGGACGAUUAAAUAGGUAACUGGAGCAAGAGUUGAAUAAAGUUCUGCAAUCUCUAAAAAUGGGAAGUGUUUCCAAAAUUUUGGCCAUUAGAGUACAUUAGACAAUGUUCCUCCUUAAGGAGUCCUACAGUCCAGCACCCUGGAACCAAGGAUUCAGAAACAUGCUGAACACUUGGGGACUGUCUCUCUGAUUCAUGACAUGAUAACCACAUCCAUAUAUAUAUUCUUCAAAAGGAUUUGUUAUAACAGGACCAUUGUACAGUCUCACCACUUUUAAUUUUCACCAUGAUGUGCACCAUGAAAGUGACGGUCACUACAUCAGCUCUGUAUUCCUUGCAUACCUGUGUAUCUGCAUGUGUAUAUGUGGUGUAGUAGAAAUAAUGCAACAGUUUUAUAUAAGCAGACAUUUCAUGGAAAACUGUUACUCCACCGAGGAAAAAUAAAGUUAUUCUAUAUUAA